GCUUGACACGCGGACGGAGGCAGUAUAAGUUGGUCCAAGAAGUUAGCUGUGUAUUUGAAACGCUACCCAAUCGGGAAACAACGGCAAAAUGUGGUCAGUCGUGGGCCUCAUCUCCAUGAUAGCUCUUGCAUCAAUUGGCUUCGUAAAAGGAGACGUUUAUGGAAUCCCAGACAUCAAUGAUGAUCGAGGUUAUUAUGUCGUUGUGGAGGACUCCACCACAUACAACAAAGUCUACAAGUACUUCAAGUACCCCAUCAAGCCCGACACGGGCUACCUGCUGUUCGAAGUCAAGACGGAAGGCAGUGCCUUUAUCACUUUGUCGGCUGAGGCCAACGACCAGAUAGUCCAGUAUGAAAUAGCCAUCAGCGGCUACAAGGCGCUCAUCAGAAGGUGCAUUGGGAGCUGCACCAAGGCCAUCGAGGUGCACGACUUCGUCCUCCUCAGCGGUACGGAGUUCCGCUUCUUUUGCAUCUGCUACGACAACGGUUACAUCAGACUCGGCCAGACGUGUCGUCAGGAGUCCGGCCUGGCAUACUGGACCGACGACAGCCCACUCAGCAUAAAGUACUUCGGUUACGCCACGGAAAUCAGCGAGUCGUGGAAGACUGGGAUGUGGAAGUUCUAUAUCGUCGACAAGAUAGCACCGGACAUCAAGUGCCCUCACGAUAUUGUUGUUGCGACAGACCUGAAUCAGGACGGUGCUGUGGUGACUUGGGAUGCCCCCGUCGUCACCGACAACUCUGAUCAGGCGGUUGCAGUGGUCUGUGAACCAGCUUCUGGGUCAGUCUUUCCCCUGGAUGUCGUGACGACGGUGAUCUGUACCGCGACUGAUUCAGCCGGCAACUCUGCCACGUGUGAUUUCACUGUUACCGUUCAAGAUGAGGAAGAUCCUACCAUCAAUUGUCCCGUUGACUUCUACGAGGUGACUGACCCAGGCCAGCCUGGAGCUGUUGUUACCUGGGAAGUCACUGCCCAGGAUAACUCAGGAAUUCAGCCAACCAUUGUAUGCGAUGCUGGUGGACUGCAAUCUGGAGAUCAAUUUCCAAUUGGCGUUACUACGGUAACCUGCACAGCAACAGAUGAGGCUGGAAACCAAGUCUCUUGUUUCUUUACCAUCAACGUUAAUGAUGAGGAAGAUCCUACCAUCAAUUGUCCUGUUGACUUCUACGAGGUGACUGACCCAGGCCAGCCUGGCGCUGUUGUUACCUGGGAAGUCACUGCCCAGGAUAACUCAGGAAUUCAGCCAACCAUUGUAUGCGAUGCUGGUGGACUGCAAUCUGGAGAUCAAUUUCCAAUUGGUGUUACCACGGUUACCUGCACAGCAACAGAUGAGGCCGGAAACCAAGCAACUUGUUCAUUCACCAUCAAUGUUGAUGAUGAGGAAGAUCCUACCAUCAAUUGUCCUGUUGACUUCUACGAGGUGACUGACCCAGGCCAGCCUGGAGCUGUUGUUACCUGGGAAGUCACUGCCCAGGAUAACUCAGGAAUUCAGCCAACCAUUGUAUGCGAUGCUGGUGGACUGCAAUCUGGAGAUCAAUUUCCAAUUGGUGUUACCACGGUUACCUGCACAGCAACAGAUGAGGCUGGAAACGAACUAUCGUGCUCAUUCACCAUCAAUGUUAAUGAUGAGGAAGAUCCUACCAUCAAUUGUCCCAUUGACUUCUUCAAGGUGACUGACCCAGGCCAGCCUGGAGCUGUUGUUACCUGGGAAGUCACUGCCCAGGAUAACUCAGGAAUUCAGCCAACCAUUGUAUGCGAUGCUGGUGGACUGCAAUCUGGAGAUCAAUUUCCAAUUGGUGUUACCAUGGUUACCUGCACAGCAACAGAUGAGGCUGGAAACCAAGCAACUUGUUCAUUCACCAUCAAUGUUGAUGAUGAGGAAGAUCCUACCAUCAAUUGUCCUGUUGACUUCUACGAGGUGACUGACCCAGGCCAGCCUGGAGCUGUUGUUACCUGGGAAGUCACUGCCCAGGAUAACUCAGGAAUUCAGCCAACCAUUGUAUGCGAUGCUGGUGGACUGCAAUCUGGAGAUCAAUUUCCGAUUGGUGUUACCACGGUAACCUGCACAGCAACAGAUGAGGCUGGAAACGAACUAUCUUGUUCAUUCACCAUCAAUGUUAAUGAUGAGGAAGAUCCUACCAUCAAUUGUCCCGUUGACUUCUUCAAGGUGACUGACCCAGGCCAGCCUGGAGCUGUUGUUACCUGGGAAGUCACUGCCCAGGAUAACUCAGGAAUUCAGCCAACCAUUGUAUGCGAUGCUGGUGGACUGCAAUCUGGAGAUCAAUUUCCAAUUGGUGUUACCACGGUUACCUGCACAGCAACAGAUGAGGCUGGAAACCAAGUCUCUUGUUUCUUCACCAUCAACGUUAAUGAUGAUGAAGAUCCUACUAUCAAUUGUCCUGUUGACUUCUACGAGGUGACUGACCCAGGCCAGCCUGGAGCUGUUGUUACCUGGGAAGUCACUGCCCAGGAUAACUCAGGAAUUCAGCCAACCAUUGUAUGCGAUGCUGGUGGACUGCAAUCUGGAGAUCAAUUUCCGAUUGGUGUUACCACGGUUACCUGCACAGCAACAGAUGAGGCAGGAAACGAACUUUCGUGCUCAUUCACUAUCAAUGUUAAUGAUGAGGAAGAUCCUACCAUCAAUUGUCCUGUUGACUUCUAUGAGGUGACUGACCCAGGCCAGCCUGGAGCUGUUGUUACCUGGGAAGUCACUGCCCAGGAUAACUCAGGAAUUCAGCCAACCAUUGUAUGCGAUGCUGGUGGACUGCAAUCUGGAGAUCAAUUUCCGAUUGGUGUUACCACGGUUACCUGCACAGCAACAGAUGAGGCAGGAAACGAACUUUCGUGCUCAUUCACUAUCAAUGUUAAUGAUGAGGAAGAUCCUACCAUCAAUUGUCCUGUUGACUUCUAUGAGGUGACUGACCCAGGCCAGCCUGGAGCUGUUGUUACCUGGGAAGUCACUGCCCAGGAUAACUCAGGAAUUCAGCCAACCAUUGUAUGCGAUGCUGGUGGACUGCAAUCUGGAGAUCAAUUUCCAAUUGGUGUUACCACGGUAACCUGCACAGCAACAGAUGAGGCUGGAAACCAAGUCUCUUGUUUCUUCACCAUCAACGUUAAUGACGAGGAAGAUCCUACCGUCAAUUGUCCUGUUGACUUCUACGAGGUGACUGACCCAGGCCAGCCUGGAGCUGUUGUUACCUGGGAAGUCACUGCCCAGGAUAACUCAGGAAUUCAGCCAACCAUUGUAUGCGAUGCUGGUGGACUGCAAUCUGGAGAUCAAUUUCCAAUUGGUGUUACCACGGUUACCUGCACAGCAACAGAUGAAGCUGGAAAUGAUUUAUCUUGUUCAUUUACCAUCAAUGUUAAUGAUGAGGAAGAUCCUACCAUCAAUUGUCCUGUUGACUUCUUCAAGGUGACUGACCCAGGCCAGCCUGGAGCUGUUGUUACCUGGGAAGUCACUGCCCAGGAUAACUCAGGAAUUCAGCCAACCAUUGUAUGCGAUGCUGGUGGACUGCAAUCUGGAGAUCAAUUUCCGAUUGGUGUUACCACGGUUACCUGCACAGCAACAGAUGAGGCUGGAAACCAAGCAACUUGUUCCUUCACCAUCAAUGUUAAUGAUGAGGAAGAUCCUACCAUCAAUUGUCCUGUUGACUUCUACGAGGUAACUGACCCAGGCCAGCCUGGAGCUGUUGUUACCUGGGAAGUCACUGCCCAGGAUAACUCAGGAAUUCAGCCAACCAUUGUAUGCGAUGCUGGUGGACUGCAAUCUGGAGAUCAAUUUCCAAUUGGUGUUACCACGGUAACCUGCACAGCAACGGAUGAGGCAGGAAACGAACUAUCUUGUUCAUUUACCAUCAAUGUUAAUGAUGAGGAAGAUCCUAGCAUCAAUUGUCCUGUUGACUUCUUCAAGGUAACUGACCCAGGCCAGCCUGGAGCUGUUGUUACCUGGGAAGUCACUGCCCAGGAUAACUCAGGAAUUCAGCCAACCAUUGUAUGCGAUGCUGGUGGACUGCAAUCUGGAGAUCAAUUUCCAAUUGGUGUUACCACGGUAACCUGCACAGCAACAGAUGAGGCAGGAAACGAACUAUCUUGUUCAUUUACCAUCAAUGUUAAUGAUGAGGAAGAUCCAACAAUCAAUUGUCCUGUUGACUUCUACGAGGUGACUGACCCAGGCCAGCCUGGAGCUGUUGUUACCUGGGAAGUCACUGCCCAGGAUAACUCAGGAAUUCAGCCAACCAUUGUAUGCGAUGCUGGUGGACUGCAAUCUGGAGAUCAAUUUCCAAUUGGUGUUACCACGGUAACCUGCACAGCAACAGAUGAGGCUGGAAACCAAGCAACUUGUUCAUUCACCAUUAAUGUUAAUGAUGAGGAAGAUCCUACCAUCAAUUGUCCUGUUGACUUCUUCGAGGUGACUGACCCAGGCCAGCCUGGAGCUGUUGUUACCUGGGAAGUCACUGCCCAGGAUAACUCAGGAAUUCAGCCAACCAUUGUAUGCGAUGCUGGUGGACUCCAAUCUGGAGAUCAAUUUCCAAUUGGUGUUACCACGGUAACCUGCACAGCAACAGAUGAAGCUGGAAAUGAAGUAUCUUGUUCAUUCACCAUCAAUGUUAAUGAUGAGGAAGAUCCUACCAUCAAUUGUCCUGUUGACUUCUUCAAGGUGACUGACCCAGGCCAGCCUGGAGCUGUUGUUACCUGGGAAGUCACUGCCCAGGAUAACUCAGGAAUUCAGCCAAUCAUUGUAUGCGAUGCUGGUGGACUGCAAUCUGGAGAUCAAUUUCCAAUUGGUGUUACCACGGUAACCUGCACAGCAACGGAUGAGGCUGGAAACGAACUAUCUUGUUCAUUUACCAUCAAUGUUAAUGACGAGGAAGAUCCUAGCAUCAAUUGUCCUGUUGACUUCUACGAGGUGACUGACCCAGGCCAGCCUGGAGCUGUUGUUACCUGGGAAGUCACUGCCCAGGAUAACUCAGGAAUUCAGCCAACCAUUGUAUGCGAUGCUGGUGGACUGCAAUCCGGAGAUCAAUUUCCAAUUGGUGUUACCACGGUUACCUGCACAGCAACAGAUGAGGCUGGAAACCAAGCAUCAUGUUCAUUCACAAUCACUGUUAAUGAUGAUGAAAAGCCCUCUAUCUCCUGUAGCGAAGACGUCGUUGUUAAGGAGGAUGACUGUCUGAACACCGCUGUGGUGACCUACACAGUCACCGCGACGGAUAAUUCGGGUCUGACACCCACUGUGUCGUGUUACCCUGCGUCAGGGUACGCUUUCCCAUUGGGUACGACCACAGUUACUUGCGUUGCCACAGACGGUAACGGCAACGAGAACCACUGUGAAUUCACUGUCACCGUUGAAGAUAAGGAUCCAUGUCUCAACAACCAAUGUGUCAAUGGUGGUAUCUGUGUACCGGACCCAGUGGACUGCUAUAAAUACACCUGUGAAUGUACUCCUUACUACAAAGGAAUCUACUGUGAAAGAUUGUUCCUGGUGCAGUUGGAUGUGCAAGAAGUGACCGUGGAGGUACCCAGUGAUGCACUGAUCACUGAUGGAGGAAUUCAGGAUGUCACAUUAGAUAUUGAUUUCAUCCCAACUCCGGAUUCGGCAGAUGUUGUCAAUGCCGCUGGAACGGACAGAUACAGGAUCCAAGUCUUCCUGGCCACAGACUCUGACGGCAGCAACCCCACCCCUCCCACAGACGCCGACCUCACCCCGACCCAAAUGCAGCAAGACAUCACCGACCUUAUCCUCAACACCUUUGAUGAUGUCGCCGUGACCCUUGACCUGUCCCAGGUCAGUUGCUUCGAGGGUCAGUACCAGUACAUCUGCAUUGAUCUGGGGCCGUCCCAGGCAGCCCUGGAUAACGAACUGUGGGACCAGGCACCCCCGGCUAUCCGGAUUGGAUGUGCGCAGAUUACAUGUAAAUCCUCCGUGGAGAUCAACAUUGACCUAAUCCGUGUGGACUCCCCCAGCACCCUCAUCCUCUGUGACGAAGAAAUCAACCAGGUGUCAAUCACUCUCACGGCCACGCCUACCACAGACUCCUCCGCCCCAGUCAACGGGUGUGACGGCGGGGAUCGCUACUCAGUCACCGCAAUCCUGGCUACCGAUGCACAGGGCAGCGACUCAUUCCCAAUCCCUGCAGGAGUUCUGACUCCAGCUGUCCAAGCCAUGGAUCUGGUCGACAACCAGCAAGCGCUGUUCACCAACAUUGUCUUUGAGGUUGACCUGACUGGUGUUGAUUGUAACCAGGCCGGUUACUCCUACCUGUGUGUGACCCUGGAUUCGUCUGAUGCAUGCGGUACCUCGUGGUGCCAGUCACCAGAAGCUGUCGACACAGCUUGCACUCCCAUCUUCUGUUCUUCUAAUGUUGAACUCAACGUGGACUCUGUGGUCGUGACCCUACCCCCUGAUGCCAUCAUUUCCGACGGCGUCCUUCAGGAUCUGACCUUUGACCUGGACUUCAUCCCUGCACCCGGCUCAGCCGCGCCAGUCAACAGUGCGGGAUUGGACCGCUACGAGGUCAAAGGUUACCUAUCCACAGAUGCAUCUGGAUUGGUCAAGGUCGCUGCUGAGGUCGUGACCCUGACGCCAGCCCAGGACUCCAUGGAUGUCACUGAUGGUGUGGCCUCUACCUUCAAUGACCUAAGCGUGACCCUUGACCUGACAGGGGUCAGCUGCGCAGGGGGCAUCUACACCCAUUUCUGCGCAGAGCUUGAACCGUCCCUGGAAGCCUCCAAGGUCUGGAAGCAAUCGGAUAAUGCCGUUACCAUCGGCUGCUUCCCGAUCUGCUGUGGUGAAUCUGUGGACAUCAACGUGGAUGUUCUGACCAUCGACUGGCCCACCAGUCUCAUCAUUCAUGACGGCGGGAUUGCCAACAUCUUCCUGUGCAUCUUCCUGAGCACGACCUCGGCCGCCGACGUCAUCAAUGCCAUCCCCACCGGGGUGGACCGCUACGAAAUCACCACCUGGCUGGCACAGGACGCCGCAGGCAAUGGCGCGCUGGCCACCACACAGGGGCGCAUCCUGGAGAAGUUCCAAGUGCAGGAGAUUGCCAACGGACAGCAGUUCAUGAUGGCCGAGGUUGACGUGGAGUUUGACCUGACAUACAUUGACUGUCACGAGACCCCCAUCUGGGAUGUCUGCAUCAACAUCCAGCCAGCACCCCCUGCACGGUGUUACUGGAAUCAACUCCCUACCGCCGUCAACCAGAUAUGCACACCCAUCUAUUGUGUCCCCAAUGUUGAACUCAAUGUCAAUGUGUUGGACAUUGCCUCCCCGCACUACAUCGUUGACGGUGGUGCCACCACUGUAACCUUCGACCUCAAGUUCACCCCAACGACUGGCUCAUCGCCCCCUGUGAACUGGGCCGGGGAUGACCGGUACCUGGUCAUGGUUUACUUGGCACAGAAUCUGCAUGGGGAUUACCCAACCGCUUUUGCCGAGGCAAUUCUGACCGCUACCCAGAAGAAACUUGACAUUGCUGACAACAUCCAGUCCAUAUUCGCCUCACUGACUGUCAGUCUAGACCUCACCGGAGUUGACUGCUCCACCGCCAAGUACAAGUACAUCUGCGCCAAUCUGCUGCCCUCAACGGCCGCCCAGAAGAAGUGGGCCCAGUCUUCGGAUGCCGUCAUCACGGCCUGUGCAAGCGUCCCUUGUGUUGCCUGCCAUGAUGAGUACCAGACCUAUGGUGACGGUGCCUGGCAUUUCAUCUUUGGUCAUCUACAGACCAGUCACAUCACCUUCGCAGUGAAAGCCAGUGGCUACGCCCACGUGGCCCUCUCGGCUGAGAAUAAACAGGUCCCUCUCAUGUACGAGAUCAUCUUUGGCGGCUACGACAACAGCAUGGUGCUGCUGAGGAGACAGGCCGGCGGCGAAUUUGUUGCUUCGGCAGCAUUGCAUGGUGCCCUGUCUCCCUAUGAGUACCGUACAUUCUGGAUCUGGUGGCACCAUGCUACAAUCAUCGUAGGUGUGGGUGGCUCCCAUGAACCCAUCUUGACCUACACUGACCCUGAUCAGCUCUGGAUCAAGUACUUUGGUUUCGCCAGUUCCUAUCAAGCCAUUGGAUACUGGCACUUCUGCAAUGUCGAGUAUGGCGGCCUUCCACCUCAUAUCACCUACCCACCAUAUUAUGACUGUGACUUGUAUGCUCCAGCACACACGUACGGCAGUGAUCCGUACCAGUACAUAUGGAAUGUCGGCCUGCUGCAGAGCCACACUGUUCAUUUCCAGGUCUAUGCAUACACCAACGUCUACAUUGCCCUGUCGGCCGAGAACCACAACCUACCGGACAUGUAUGAGAUCAUCAUUGGCUCCUCCCAUGGUGUGGGCGUGUCCAUCGCCCGCUGUGCCGGCUGCGAUCCCGUGGCUUACGCUGCCCAUCCUUGGGUCCUGAACUACUACUCCUACACCAAUAUCUACGUUGGUGUUUCUCCUGACGGAACCAUCACCAUCAGCUAUUCCAGUGCUCAGCACAUCCUGCUAUCCUGGCAGGAUCCUAACCCUCUACCAGUCUCAUACUGCGGUUACUGCACCGGUGGCCAGCAUAACUAUGGCCUCUGGAAGUUCUGUGGACUUGACUCCCUACUGCCAUAAGGGUCUCGUCCACACCAUCUUGAGGUUAUAGGAAUCCUUACAUCUUAACAGCACAGGAGGAGUUUGUUUUUCCAAUCAUACCAAUCAUACCAAGUUUAGUUGUGUACUAGUUGGAAUACCACUAUCUGUUUACCAAGUACUUAAUGUGAUAUGAAGGCAAUAUUGAUAACGUGUUAAACAGAAUACAGAAAGGUGCAGUAAAAUAAAUAUUUUACCACAAAACAAUAAUGGCAUUCAUAUGUCAUUAUGCCUUCUCAACUUACCAAAAAAUUCCCGAUAAUUUGUUCAUUUUAAGAACUGACAUAUAUCAAAUGUUUUACCAACAUCAGUUCCUUUUAUAUGUGCAAUAUGUGAUUAUACUUACCAGGAUAGAACCGACAUGCCGUUCACAUUGACCUAUUCCUCGCAUGACACGGCUCCCACUACAUCUACUUACUACAAUAGGAAGGUUUGAUUUUAGUUCUGAACAUUUCAACGACCAUUUUGAAGCCAAGUGCACAAACUCAAAUCGUUAUGUUUGGAUCCUUGGCUCAACAAGCAUAUAGAGCAUUGAAGAAGUCCACAAAUAAUGUCCUACCCUUUUGUUCUGGUCUGAUUGAAAUGUAUGACUGAAUAAACCAAUUGACAUGAAA